GGUGCUGCCCAGCGGGCUGCCCGGCCCGGAGACGACCCUCGGCGCGAAUUCAGAGCCAGAUCGCCCUUCCCAGAAGACUCGGGGUCAGCCGCGCAAAAGGAAUUAGACAAAGGCUUCCCCCACCUCUCUGAACUUAUAAAACGCCCUUAAAAGGAAUUUGGAGCCACUUGAGGGACAGCGCGUUUUCUGGCCAGAGCGUCACCAGGGUUCUUUUGCCCAACAGGUUUGAGGAGGCAGAGAGCUGGGCGCGGGCGACAUGGCCCUCGUGCCCUACGAGGAGACCGCGGCGGUGGGGCUGCAGAAGUUCCACAGGCCCCUGGCCACCUUCUCUUUUGCAAACCACACGAUCCAGAUCCGGCAGGACUGGAGGCACCUGGGAGUGGCGGCGGUGGUGUGGGACGCGGCUGUUGUUCUUUCCACGUAUCUGGAGAUGGGAGCCGUGGAGCUCAGGGGCCGUGCUGUCGUGGAGCUGGGUGCUGGCGCGGGGCUGGUGGGCAUAGUGGCUGCCCUGCUGGGUGCUCACGUGACUAUCACGGAUCGAAAAGUAGCAUUAGAAUUUCUUAAGUCAAACGUCGAAGCCAACUUACCUCCCCAUAUCCAACCCAAAGCUGUUGUUAAGGAGCUGACUUGGGGACAAAAUUUGGGGAGUUUUUCACCUGGAGAAUUUGACCUGAUACUUGGAGCUGAUAUCAUAUAUUUAGAAGAAACAUUCACAGAUCUUCUUCAAACACUGGAACAUCUCGGUAGCAACCACUCCGUGAUUCUUUUAGCCUGUCGAAUUCGCUAUGAACGGGAUAACAACUUCUUAGUGUUGCUGGAGAGGCAAUUUACUGUGAGUGAGGUUCACUAUGAUCCUGAAAAAGAUGUGCAUAUUUACAAGGCACAGAAGAGAAACCGGAGGGAGGACUUAUAGUUGGCUGUAAUUGAUAAGAAAUGUCAUCACUGAGUGCGUCAGUGAAGGUCUGAGACGAGGAGUGGGACUGUACUUCAUGAAAUGGCUUAUGUACAAGAACCUAGCGCAGGUUCUCAAGCACAAGCACAAGGGCAGUUUCAGACAGAGCAGCACUGUGUCCCACUGCCGUGACUCUUCAGUUACACUUUAUUCAGUGUGGCGUUUGGUUAACAUGAAAGUGUGGAUUUUGGUUCCUGUUGGUUGUGUACCUUGUGCUGCUCCCUCCUGUGAAGCUUCCACUGACAGCGUGAGGAAGGGCUGCUGUCGAGGUUCUUCAAAGCUGUGAGCUUGUGCUGAGGCUAAAUCAUGCAGAUUAUCUCAAACACAUUCUGAGAUAGGUGUUUAGCCCGGUUUCCUAAUUUUCUGAGUAUGAAACGAGGUUUAAUGUCCAUUCCCUGAGCUGUGAAUGCUCUAGGAGUCUUCUUUCUGCCCCAUUUAGGUCUUAGACUUUUGGUUUUUGAGAUCAGAAAGUGUUUUCUGACGGCUCAUAUGCUUUUUGGCUUAAUUUCAGAUUUAGGUAUAUAAACAAAGGAAUAUGUAAAAAUAAAGUUUCAGUUCCUUUUUGAAAGCACCUAAGAUCUUCGACCUCCAUGUCCUGUGAACAGGUUAUGUUCUUCAAAUCAGAAGCUGUACUUUCCCCUUGCAGCUUUACCCUUUCUUAAAUGUUGGUUUUGUAUUCCUUUCCUAAGCAUUCCCUGCCUCCUUAUAAUGCAUGGGAUGACAAUGAAGAGUUUUAAAUCUCAUCUGUCCAUGUGAGGUUAGCUCCACAAGUGUGAGCUCCCUCCCUGUGAUGCUGUAAUUCUCAAUCAGUGUCCGUGGUCCCCAGAGACUGAGCUGCUCUCCAGCCAGGGAUGCUCGUGCCUCUUUCCUUGUUGCCUCUCCAGUAUCGAGCAUAUCACAACCAAAUAUUUGUUGAAUGCAAAACACACUCCAUUUAGAGGGUAUUGAUCUUUGGGUUAAAAGACUGCUAUGUUGUUUUAUGAUUAUCUUUGAUAGGCUUUAUGAAUGAAGUCAUGCACACGAAUGCCCCCUGCCCCCCUUUUAUACAAUGUAAAAGCUUAAACAAAUUUAGACAAGAAUAUUAUAAUCCCAGUAUAGUAUUUGGUACCAAAGAUAGAUUUCCUUUGUAAAACCUUAGAAACAAGACCUCCUCCUCCCUCUUAACCUUUUAAUGAAUAUCUUAGAUGUGAAAAUACCCAAUACACUG